AAACUACUUCUCCCUCCGAUUAAUGAUCUAUGUAGUUCACACAAGUGAACACUGAACGCUGUGUGUGUGUGUGUGUGUGUGUGAGAGAGAGAGAGAGAGAGAGAGAGAGAGGAUUUGUUCUAUAGGUGUGCAUUUCUGUCUAUUUUUCUAGGAGAAUUUGAAAAUGGAGCACUAGAAUUGAAGCACGGUGGAUUCUGACCGUCCAAUUGCAACCCUUAUCUAUCACUACAUUCACUACCUUCAGUGAUAACGACACAGAAGCAAUAUGAGAGAGUUGUGCUUGCUUUGACGUUUCCUUUGGUGAUCCUGAAUCAUGAUGUUGUUGUUAUUAGUAUGACAUGAGUUUUUAGAAAGAGAGGAUUGGAUAAAAGUAGACAUGGGGGCUAUUGGUGGUGAAGAACAGAUGAAGUGGGAGAAAAUGCAAGGGACGGCACUGAGUGGUGAAGAGAAGAUUCUGGUUUUGGUGAGGUUGAGGCCUCUGAGUGAAAAGGAAAUUGCAAGGAAUGAAGCUUCUGAUUGGGAAUGCAUUAAUGAAACCACCAUUUUCUAUAGGAACAGUUUCCAGGAGAGGUCUGGACUUCCAACUGCUUAUACUUUCGACAAAGUGUUUAGGGGAGACUGCACAACAAGGGAAGUGUACGAAGGAGGAACAAAGGAUAUUGCCCUUUCAGUUGUCAGGGGAAUCAACUCAACUAUCUUUGCGUAUGGACAAACAAGCAGCGGAAAGACAUACACCAUGAAUGGAAUUACUGAGUAUACAGUGGCAGAUAUAUACGACUACAUGAAAAGGCAUGAAGAAAGAUCUUUUGUUUUAAAGUUUUCUGCUAUGGAGAUUUACAACGAAGUUGUUAGAGACCUCCUCAGUUCAGAUAGUACUCCGCUAAGAAUGCUCGAUGAUCCUGAGAAAGGGACCAUCAUUGAGAAACUCACAGAAGAAACUUUACGGGGCUGGGAUCAUCUCAAAGAGCUCUUAUCCAUCUGUGAAGCUCAAAGACAAACCGGGGAGACCUAUCUUAACUUAGCUAGUUCCAGGUCUCAUCAAAUUCUAAGAUUGACAAUUGAAAGUUCAGCUCGUGAGUUUAUAGGGAAGGAGAACAAAACAACUCUUGCUGCGAGUGUGAACUUUGUUGAUCUGGCGGGAAGUGAACGUGCAUCUCAGGCGCUGUCUGUUGGGCAAAGACUGAAAGAAGGCUGUCAUAUUAAUCGCAGUUUACUGACCCUAGGAACUGUCAUUCGCAAGCUCAGCAUGGAAAGACAUGGGCAUGUGAACUACAGGGACUCUAAGCUAACACGUAUCCUUCAACCUGCGUUAGGAGGCAACGCGAGAACUGCCAUUAUUUGCACCCUGAGCCCAGCACAGAGUCAUGUUGAGCAAUCUCGAAAUACACUUUUAUUUGCCAGCUGCGCAAAAGAAGUGACCACUAAUGCACAGGUCAAUGUAGUCAUGUCCGACAAGGCCUUGGUGAAGCAUCUACAGAAAGAGUUAGCUAGAUUAGAAAGCGAAAUAAGAACUCCUAUAACUACUUGUGAUCAUGUGGUAUUGCUGAGGAAGAAAGAUCAGCAGAUUGAAAAGUUAGAGAAUGAAAUGAGGGAAUUAACUAAGCAGCGUAAUCUUGCUCAAUCCCGGGUUGAGGAUUUGCUGCGGAUGUUUGGAAAUGAUAAAAUUUCCAGCCAAAGGGGUGCAUCAAGUCUACUUCCUAAAUCACUAGAAGGGAGCAUGUUUGGAGAUGAAUGCUCAGUAUCUGACUCAAUAGCUAAAGCUGAGUCAUAUAACAGGGACAGUGAAAGUGAUGUCACAUCCUAUGCUAUACCUACUCAAUGUAGUGGCAACUUUGGUUUGCCUGAUCGAUAUCAAAGGAGCAAAAAUUUCGCUUUUGUGACAGGAGAAGAUUCUGAUGAUUUUUGCAAGGAAGUUCAAUGUAUUGAGGUGGAUGAGCUUGGUGGAAAUAGAACCUUUGAAUCCUUUAGCUUAUCAAACUAUGAGAAUGGAGAAAGAAUAUCUCCUCCUUCCAGCAAUGGACAUGUUGACCAUAGGGAGCUAUCACCACUGUCUCAUGGACAAGCUAGCAGCACUAGAAAUUGCUUUCCUCAUGGGCCAUUGGAGCAGAAAAUGCAUGACAUACAGAAGACUACAGAUUCUCUUGCCAGAUUUCACCCUCUUGAUUCAUCUCCAUGUGCCCUUUCAACAAGUAUAUCAGGCUAUAUAAACAUGAAAUUAACAAGAAGCAGGAGCUCUAGAGAAAAUCUUAUGAUUGGCUCGUUUUCACCUGAAUCUGGGAUAGUAGAACAAAGAGAGACUACCCCAACUGACGAGCAAGGCCUCCAAAGGAAGCACUGGAAAUAUCCUCCAUUAAUUUACGGGAAAACCAGACCUAAAUUGUCAAGAAACAAUUCACAGUCCUCUAACUGUAGCACUUUCAUAGAUGAGCUCAAAAGUGGCAGCAAUGCUCCUGGAGAUGAGGAUAUCCCGAGUGUUGACACUUCUGUGGCAGGCCUGAAGGAGAUGGCUAAGCUUGAGUAUGAUAAUCAACUGCACAAUCAGGCUCAAGAUUCUGGGAAGUCGAAAAGGAAUAUAAAAAAUGUCGGAUUGGAUCCUAUGCCACUCUCAUUGGAAGUUCCUUCAGAUUGGCCUCUUGAAUUUGGGAAGCUGCAAAAAAGGAUUAUUGAACUUUGGCAGACUUGCCAUAUUUCGUUGAUCCACAGGACAUAUUUCUUCCUGCUGUUUAAAGGUGACCCUUUGGACUCUAUUUACAUGGAGGUCGAGGUUAGAAGACUUUCAUUCCUCAAGGAGACAUUUCUCAAAGGAAAUUCAGCUUUUCAAGGUGGUCAGACAGUCGGUCUUGCGUCAAGCCUUAAAGCUCUUCGCCGUGAGAGAGCUAUGCUAAGCAGGCUCAUAUAUAAAAGGUUUCCAGGAGAUGAGAGAAAUGAGAUCUUCCAUAAAUGGGGCAUAAAGUUAAGCUCCAAAAGGAGGAGACACCAACUGAUUCAUCGUCUGUGGAGCGACACAGAUAUGAAUCACGUGAUGGAGAGUGCUGCCAUUGUUGCAAAGCUGAUUAAGUUCUCUGAGCAGGCGCCUGCUCUAAAGGAGAUGUUUGGGCUUAGCAUCAUACCUCCUCCACGCAUGUUAACGAUGUCCUUAGGCUGGAAGAACAGUUUGGCAUCUCUACUGUAAGCUUCUGGAACUGUGGUAAGAAGAAGUGAAAUUAGUGGUAUGCUUAUUGUUGCUCGGAUCAACUGCAUGUUUAUCAACCUCAUUUUAAUUUUUAAUUA